GGAGGGAGUGGAAGGGAGGAGAGCCAGCUGAGGCAGGAAGGGAAGGUGGGAACUGGGAGAGCCUGAGGUUCAGUUCAGUUCAGGCAGAGAGAGGGCAGCCCCGCUGCUGCUGUAUUUCCCAGGGACGCUCCAGGGAGGCUCCACGGAUGCAGGCAAGAAGGUCGAAUGUCUUACGUUGGCCCCACCUCCUGAGCCUCUCGCUGAAGCUGCUGCAUGGGACACAAAAGGGUGAGACACAGAGACUUCGUCCUCGGGGAAACUGGUUUCAGGAGCUGAGAGGCUAAGUGUGGAAAGCCUUGGCAGGGCGCUUCACACCGUUUUCCAGGAACCCUGAACCAAGCAAAAGCUCUUUCUAGGAGGAGCAGACAAUUGAAGUGCCUGCACACUAUGGCACAAAUGGACUCCCAGGACAGGUGGAGCAAGGUGUCCCUUGGCACUAUGAUUCAUGACACCCAGAUGUUGAGCAUGAACUUGGAGAGUGAGGAUGAGGACGGUAGGGAGGGUGGCUCUCGAGGAACCCAGAACAACACCGACUGGCAGUGUGAUACCCAGUCCUGCAAAGAAGAAGAGGAAUGGUCUGGGUCCUUCUGCUCUGGCUAUGUGGAGCAGAAACCUGGGGAGAUGCCUAGGAGGACCACCAACCGGGGGAAAAGGGAAUUGAAGGUAACACAGACUCAAGAUUUCCCUCUGUUAGAGGAGGCUCUCAGUGCCCCUUUCAGAGGCUUCUCAGAGGGGGAGCCUCAUAGGGACUCAGGGGGCAAUGACGGGAACCAGAAGGCAAACAAGGACAUAACCUUGGAAGUCCCGACCAGUUUCUUGGAUAGUGGGGGGUCUUUUUGGUCCCAGAACAGUGCAGAUGCAUCCUCCCCAGACACGAUCUCUCUGGAGCACCUUCCCAGGUCCAAGAGCACCCCAGCUCAGACUUCAGCCACUCCUGCCAGCCCGGCAGCAGCGCUGGCAAAAGCGCAGGGCAGUAGAAAAGUCCAGGGCCAGGUAGGGCCAGGAAGCAGAGGUCAGGAAGAAGAGAACGCUGACAGGUGUGUGCAGGACAGGCGGGCCUUCCAGAAGUCCAGCAAACUUCAGGUCCCCGGAGAACACCACGGCGCCAAACCCUAUGUGUGCCAGCUAUGCGGGAAGGCCUACUCCCACCGCAGCACGCUCCAGCAGCACCGGCGCCUGCAUACAGGCGAGCGGCCCUACCGCUGCCCCUUCUGCGACAAGGCGUACACCUGGUCCUCCGAUCACCGCAAGCACAUCCGCACCCACACCGGCGAGAAACCCUAUGGGUGCCCGGACUGCGGGAGGGCCUUCGUCCGCUCCUCCGAUCUGCGCAAACACCAGCGCAACAUGCACAGCAACGACAAGCCUUUCCCGUGCGCCCAGUGUGGCUUGACCUUCAACAGGCCGCUGUCGCUGCUGCGCCACCAGCGCACGCACCUGGGCGCCAAGCCUUUCCGCUGCGCCUCCUGCGGCCGCGAGUUCUCCGUGGCCAGCCGCAUGGUGGAGCAUCAGCGAGUGCACUCGGGCGAGCGGCCCUUCCCCUGCUCCACCUGCGGCAAGUGCUUCACCAAAUCCUCCAACCUGCAGGAGCACCAGACGCUGCACACGGGCCAGAGGCCCUUCAAGUGCGCCGACUGCGGCGUGGCCUUCGCGCAGCCCUCGCGCCUGCUGCGCCACCAGCGCAUCCACACCGGCGAGAGGCCUUUUCAUUGCGCCGAGUGCGGUCAGGCCUUCGCCCGCUCCUCCACCCUGAAGCGGCACCAACAGAUCCACUCCGGGGACAAGGACUUCCUCUGUGCCGAAUGCGGCAGGGCCUUCAGCAUCGCAUCCGAGUUGGCACAGCACAUCCGGAUGCACAACGGGGAGAGGCCUUACCAGUGUGAAGGCUGCGGCCAGGCCUUUACCCGCUCCAAUCACCUCCAACGACACCAAGCCAAGCACGAUACCUGCAAGAAGGAGCCUGCCCCAUCCUCCAAUGAGUGAGAGCACCAUUGGCUUGCUGCUAAGAGAAGCAAAGGCACCCUGGACUUCACAUAGCAGCAGCAGCAGCAGCAGCAGCAGCAGCAGCAGCAGCAGCAGCAGCAGCAGCAGCAGCAGGGUGGAACCCAGCCUGGUGGGCCCACCCACAUCCUAUUCUACCCUCAAAGCCAGCCAGGCUCACUGGUCACCCCCCUCACUCCCUGGUUUCUGGCCGUGGGGGCGGUCCAUGUACUUUAGGUAUUCGAUGUGUUGUGAGACAAAGUAAUCCCAAGGAGAGUGUCCAGGUGUGCGAUUUCACUCUGGUCUCCCACUGCUCAGAGGCCAUGAGUGAAAAAGUAGGGGCUGGCCAAUAGUGGGAUUCCUUAGGUCGGGGGGGGGGGGUGUCCGUGAAUGAGAAGGUAUAGAAUUCUGCGCUGGGCUCUGUCAGGAUUCCACGAGGACACUGAUGAAAAAAAGGCUAUUUUCUUCUUUCCUCAAAGGCAUACCAAAGAUUGAGAAGACCAUCUUUAGAGAAAGAUUCUUUUUGAUUUUUAUUAUAUAAAGGAAUCCUUAGAAACGAUUCCUGUGACGGACUCUUCCAAAAGAACAAAGCCAACCUGGGGUACCUCAAACCAAGCCAGACAUCCUGUCAUGUCACUUGACUGCUAAAAUGACUUUAACUUUGAAGGAAUGUCUCCUGGGGGGGUUGGCUUUGAAGUACAGAUGGCAAGGAUGGGGAGUUGUGCUGUGUUUGGCAAGCCAUGACUCCAGAAGUUAAGAACAGUCUCAGCAUCCAGAAAAGAGGCCGGUUCCUCACACAGGAGGAUGUGGUAACCGGACCUCACCUGGGUCCCACCCAUAAAGUUCCCAGGUGUCUCCUCUCUGCCACUGCUUUUCCCAUUCACGGGAUUUGAACUUAAGCCACAAGUGUCAUUUGUAGAGAAACAUUGAAUUCCUCCGAAUAAACCACAGUUUGGUUCAUUUAAACGUGCCUGGAUCAUUAGCUGUGAUUUGAAGGAAAUAAAACAAAGCACGCUUUGCCCGGGU